GUGGAUGAGAGCAUCCCUCCUCUGCUGUGUGUGAUACAUGCUCUGGAGCGCUUUCAUUGCUUGCAGCAUGCAGGGACUGAGAUGUUGCCAGGCUGCCUCUAUGAGCUGCCUGCAGCCAUGGGAUGUAUGAGCAUUGAGCAGCUGUGGAGAUUGUUCUCUUGGGUACCACUUCAAAACCCCUGGCUGAUCUUUCUGGUACCAGUAAAGGUAUGCUGUGGCUGCAGGUGAACUCCUAGGUCCUAAUGCCGAUUGCUUUUUCUUUGCCGGGUAAAAGAGUCACCUUAGAGACCAGCAAAAUCCAGACAAGCACCAAAGCUUUCCUAUUGCUUUUGACUUCGCUGGGAAGGAACUGACGACGAGUCUUGACCACAGGCUUUUGGAAAUCAUGGGUUUUUGCAGUGGCAGGUGCACACUGAUGUUUAUCUGUGGAAUGCAACUGGCCUGUAUACUGGAAAGACAAAUAUUUGAUUUCCUUGGCUACCAGUGGGCACCUAUCUUGGCAAAUUUUGUACAUAUCAUUAUUGUCAUACUUGGAUUAUUUGGAACCAUCCAGUGUAGAACACGUUACAUAACAGGAUAUGCUGUCUGGCUCGUCCUUUGGGUGUCUUGGAAUGUAUUUAUUAUUUGUUUCUAUUUGGAAGCUGGGGAACUUUCCAAGGAAAGAGACCUUAUCUUGACAUUUAACGUAUCAAUGCAUCGUUCCUGGUGGAUGGAAAAUGGGCCAGGAUGCAUGGUAACCUCAGUAACUCCUGCUCCAGAUUGGGCACCAGAAGAUCAUCGCUAUAUUACUAUUUCUGCGUGCUUGCUAGAAUACCAGUAUAUAGAAGUGGCACACAGCUCUCUUCAGAUCUUUUUUGCACUUGCUGGUUUUAUCUAUGCGUGUUAUGUCUUGAAAUGUAUUUCGGAAGAAGAAGACAGUUUUGAUUUCAUAGGUGGCUUUGACUCCUAUGGCUACCAGGGCCCUCAGAAGACAUCUCACUUACAGCUGCAGCCCAUGUAUAUGUCAAAAUAAAUAAAAGCAUUGAUGAAGUAUGAAGCACUCCCAUGAAAACAUUCUAUUGGAUUGUUAAAAAGGGCAACAAAAUGUGUGUUUUUAUGGUUCCUAUACCCCUGACGAGUUACCAAAAUCAGCCUUGUCCUCACAGUGCACAAAUGGAUGUACUUCCGCAGAUGCUGUAAUCCCAGGAAGACUGCUGGAGUUGUGGUGCCCUCUACUGGAGUCUUUCUGCUUCUUUUUCUUCUUUUUGCACUGUUAAUUCUAACUAAGCCUCCUAUGAGUUGCAGUACAAUGUUUGCACAGCCAGUGACUCUGUAAUGAGGAGACCUAUAUGUUGUGUUCUAACUGGACAUCAAAAACUGUGAACAAAAUUAAAAGUGCCAUAAAGACCUUUGGGGCAGAGGGAAACAUUUGUUUGCUUAGCAGGCAGUCACAAGAGAACAUCAGGACAUCAGGUGCCUGUACUUUGCCUUAACCCAGCCAAAAUGUGAUUGUCAGAGGGGGACAUAGAAUAUGAGAUGCCGUCUGCCAUCCUUGAUGCAAAACUACCAUCAUUUUGCAAAGACUUUUACAGCCAUUUCUUUGCUCUGAAGAUUUUACAUCAAACCUCCACACUGACCACAACUGUUUGUUAGCCCAGGAAACAAACACACCUGAAGAAAUGCCUUUAAGGUUAUUCCAUUAAAAACUUUGCAUAGAUCAGAACAUAUCUGUGAAAGGUUUUGCACAGGUGCUUUGUCAUUAUAGUCCUUUAUGAAGAGAACAUAAAGUGCAAGAAAAAUAUAUGGCAAUAUAAUGCUCAAAAGGCCCAGUUGUAAUCUGCAAUAUGGCCAUCCACAGCUUCAUAAUUCAAAGAAAAAUGGUUAUUCUGAAUGCUUAAAGCCAUCAGUCCUGUGAAUUCUGAGCAUUUUGAAUCUCCUAAUGCAUGAUAUCCAAGCCCAUGUUCCACUGCAUCUGCAGAGAAAUCAUGCAUUGCUGUGCAAUGUAUCCCACACGCUCUCACUCCAACAGGAUUCCAACAUAGGGGCAAAACGUUUAACCAAUAUUCCGCAGACAUAACUAGUAGAAAGCAUCAGAGAAAAAGGCUUCUCUUUCUUUAUCGUUUUUAUCUUUUGCCAAUGUUGGUGUUUUUUAUGUGACUUGUCUUUUACAAAAGUCAAUAUCUACAGAUUUCUAUAGAGAAAGACCAGUAUAAACAUUUAGAAUUUAACAUUUUAUACUUAAGUUUCACGUAAAAAUAUAGUGUAUGUGAGCACUUUUUUCAUGACAUAAGAACUUUUUUUUUUGUGAAUAUUUGGACCUUUUGUGAUGUCUGAGGAAUUUGUUAGUGUAGAAUGCAUAUUUUAUCCUGUACCUGUGUGAUUAUAAAGAAAUGCUCACUAGCUGACAAAAAAGACUCUCUUUAAGGGAAUUACUAUUACAUUGUUAAUGACUAAAAACUAGAUUAUGCUUUGAUGUUUAAAGUUUGUUGAUAAAUAGCAUCCCUUUAAAAAAUUUAGUUACACGGUUGUCGUCUACUGUAUGCAGAAGGGAAAUUUACACAUUUAUAGGAACAGAGAUGCUGUAACAAUAGUGACUAUUUAUUAUUAUUAUUAUUAUUAUUAUUAUUAUUAUCAUCAAUAUUAUUUCUAUGCCCAGCAUUAUAUCAUCAGCCGCUUGGCCAUCAUGUACUAGAACUUAAAUUUAAAGGGGAACUUUAAUAAAAUUUUAACAUAA